AUGAAUUUCAUGCAUAUAUCGAUGAUCCUAAGCAUCUUUGUUUUAAUAGGGAGCACUCUUCAAUGGACUUGCAAUGACUGCAUCCUGACAAAGAGUCAGGUACAAGCCAGUAAUGAGUACCAGCCAGGUAAAGCUACUUCGUUUAACCUCCGCCAGAUCAUGGAUGAGAUGGCACGCUGUGGCAUCCAAAGGGCCCAGGUCUCAGGAUGGGAUGCAGCAGAUGGAAUCUAUGUAGUGUAUCAGAACGGAGCAGUAGUCCCAGCACUCCCCUAUGACCUACCUGAAUAUGCGGUGUAUUUCAAAAUGUGUGGCAACAAUGUUGAAAAAAUAGUGUUUGUACAUGAAGUGUGUGAUAAGAAGAUAGUAUAUCCCAUUUGCCCCUGUGCUCCAUGUGAGUCUCCCUUCUUUAAUCCUUGCCAAAAUGAAGUGGUUUGUGUAAAUCCAGUCUGUCAAAAUGAAGUGGUUUAUGUAAACCCAGUCUGUCAAAAUAAUGAGCCCCCCAUCGUUGAAUUUAACCCUGUCCUUAUUGAAAAUGAAUUGAUAUGUGAAACCAGAGACUUUGACAGUUGGUGUCCUGAAGAUGGAUUUAGUUGUAAUAGAACUGAGUGUAGGACCUUCCCAAAAGUAUGCAAAAAAGUGUCCAAGCGCAGUGGACGUAGGAGAAAAGAGCUUGAAGUAUAUUCAAAACAGUAUCAUCUCACUUGUAAAAGGAUCGGUGGAGAAAGAAAAGUCCUUUUAAUUGAAAAAGUAAAGGACAAAAAAGUGAGAGAUACUGUCUAUGUCUUAAACGGCAAGUUUCACUUACCCAUUAAAAUACUGAAUGAUCCUUGGCUUUUAAGGAGAAUAUUCAAAAAGAUAAAACAGAAGUUUGGGCCAGGCUUCUGUCUUUAUGUAAAUGACCACUCAUGUGUCUAUGUACUUUUUAAAGAGCACCUUUAUUGUGUAAAGUAUGAUAGUGAAUGUAUAAAAGUAAGAAGAGUCAAUCCUAAGGACCGUUGCAAGAUCGUCAAGAAUGGGCUGUAUCUUGUUACAAUGGGUAAUUAA